AUGGGUGUAGUGGUGAGUGUUGGGCAGCAUGCAGUGAGAAUGAAUGUGAGCGUGUGCAGGCGUGCUAAUGCUGCUUCCAGUAAUCUGAAGCGGAGCUUUUACUGGCUGGACGACGUGGACCUCCCAGCAUCCAUCCCUCCCUCCGCCUCCCUCAGCAUCCAGCUGAUGAGCGUGUUGGCAUCUGCAUGGUUGCACCCUGCUGAGUUAUUGAGGAUUUGUUUGCAUGCUGGUGUACAGUACUGCUGCUGCUGCUGCUUGAUUGUUAUUGACUGUUUUUCAAAUCCAUUCCUCAUAGCUUCCAUUCUUCUUUCCACGCCUCCCCCUCCACCGUCCUCCCACCCUCUUCUUGCCGGAACGCUGGGGAGGAUGUUCACGUCCUCGUCCAGAAGCUCAGUGUUAUCCCCCUGGUCGUCCAUGGAGCAGUCGGACUCAGAGGCGUUGGACAUCAGCACCAAGGUGCAACUGCAUGGUGUCCUGUGGAAGAGACCCUUUGGACGACACUCGGCCAAGUGGUCCCGCAGGUUCUUCAUCAUCAAGGACAGCUUUCUGCUCUACUAUGCCGAGAACGAGAAGAGGAGCUUUGACAGCAGCAGGAUCUUCAACAUCCACCCCAAGGGCGUGAUUCCCCUAGGGGGAUGUGUAGUGUCAGCCACAGAGGACAUGGGAAUGCCCUUUGGUCUCGUCAUCAGCCUGGAAGACUUCUCUGGCACCAUCGUGGUGGCGGCCGAGUCGGAGGAGGAGCAGCUGCACUGGAUGGAGAUGCUGCAGGAGUCAGGCAAAGUCACGUGGAAGAACGCCCAGCUGGGGGAGGCCAUGAUAGAGAGUCUGGAGGCUCAGGGUCUGCAGCUGGCCAAGGAGAAGCAGGAGUACCUGGAUAAGCUGAUGGAGGAGACGGAGGAGCUGAGUCACCAGCGAGCUCAGAGAGAAGAGCUGGAGCGUCUCAAUCAAGUUCUGGAGGAGGAGAAGAUGAAGUUUGAGGAGGUCGUGCUGGAACUGAAGGCCGAGCAGGAGCAAAUUAAACUAGACCUGGACGGCACGGCUCAGUCGCUGCGAGGCGUGGAGAGCGAGAAGGAGGAGCUGAGCAGUUUGACCGUCAUGCUGCAGAAGUCCAUCGAGCAACUCUCUGAGGAGAAGCAGAGAACUUUGGAGCUGUUGGGGGAAGACAAGGAGGUGGUGGAGGAGGAGGCAGAGGUGGAGCAAGAGAAUAGGAAGUGCCAGGAUACCAAGGACCUUCUGCAGGACCUGCACCACAUUGAGGAGCAGAUGAAGCUCCUGCUGAAGGAGAAGGAGCAGGCUGAUGAAAAGCUGAGGGAGAACCAGCAGCGAGCAGAGCUUCUCCAGCAGGAAAGGGAGUUCUACUCGUCUCAGGCCAGAACGCUGCAGCAGUCGCUCUCUCAGCUCACCGCGGACAAGCAGCAGACGGAGGCGGAGCUUCAGGUGGAGAUGGAGUCCCGCCUGGAGCUGGAGAAGAGGCUGAAGCAGGCCGAGGAGGCCCUGCGGGGCCUGGAGAAAGGCCUGGACUCUCUGGACCGCACCAAGGAGCGAGACGAGAGGAUGCGGGGGGACGUCACACAGCUGAGGCGCUUCUUUGAGGAGUGCAUCUGCGCGGCCGAGAUUGAAGCCAAGCUGCCGGCCAUCAUGAAGAACGCCGUCUACCUCCACAAGGCGGCCGCACGCAGGAUCAAGAGCUGCCGCAUCCAGAGGAGAGCCUCUCGACGCCACUGGCUCAAACAUUCCAAGUCGUUUGCCGCCGCCGACGAGGAGAGCGGCAGCGUGGAGGAUCUGAGGGAGACGGCCCGCAGACUCACCUGCGACAGCACCUUCAGAGAGACCGUCUGCAAGAUCGUGGCACGCAAAGACGGCGCCGGCUUCCACCAGCAAUGAACACGUAGGCUCAUGUACCGCCCGCCGCUCCUUUCCUCAAUACAGCAAAUCGUUACUGCAAA